AUAUGAGUAUAUUGAAGACAAACAACAAUGGAGGCUUGUAAUGCUGUUGAGCGCGAAGUUGACAAAGUUCUAUUAAAAUUUGGUGCGAUUAACGAACAUGCAGAUAAUGUUUUACGAGAUUUAAUAAAUCAUAUCGAGUCGUUAAAAAAGGAAUUAGAAGAAGCACCAUCUGAUCAUGAACUGACACCGGGUCAAGUGCAGGUAUUAAAACAAGCAAUGACAAAGGUUCGUGAUACUGUACAACGUUUGGCAACCGAUCACCGAGACUUACACAGUACGGUAUCUAAAGUGGGCAAAGCUAUUGACAGAAACUUUAUUGCUGAUUUUGCAAGUACAAGUCGAGAAGAUGUAUUUUCUGGUCCAGAAAAGUCUCACCUUCUUAAUCAAGUUAUCUGUCAACACUUCUAUCGUCAAGGAAUGCUGGAUAUUGCAGAUGAAUUGGCAACAGAAGCAGGAAUUAAAACCGACGAAGGCAGGAAAGAACCGUUCACAGAAUUAAAUUAUAUACUUGAUUGCUUGAAGCAAAGAAAUUUAGAACCUGCACUUGAGUGGGCUAAGAAACACAGGGAAGCUCUUUUGGCACAAAAUUCAUCUCUUGAAUUUAAGUUACAUAGAUUACAUUUCAUAAGGCUUGUACAACAAGGACCUACUAAACAAACAGAGGCAAUAAUGUAUGCACGUCAGAAUCUUACACAGUUUGUUGGACGUCAUGAGAAAGAAGUACAAGCUCUAAUGGGAACGUUACUUUAUUUACCGAAUGGAAUACAAUCAUCUCCGUAUAGCCAUUUAUUAGAUCCUACAUUAUGGCUUGACAUUCAUGAUGUUUUUACUAAAGAAGCAUGUACAUUAUUAGGCCUAAGCGUUGACAGUCCACUCUCGGUUUGUAUCAAUGCUGGAUGUACAGCACUUCCUGCUCUUCUCAAUAUUAAACAGGUUAUGCAACAAAGACAAGUUACUGGUAUAUGGAGUGGAAAAGAUGAACUUCCGGUAAAUAUCGAAAUAGAUUUGGGUAAACAAAGUCGUUAUCAUUCGGUUUUCGCAUGUCCAAUCCUUCGACAACAAAGUACAGAAAACAAUCCACCAAUGAAAUUAGUUUGCGGUCACGUAAUAUCAAGGGAUGCAUUAAAUAAGCUCACCAAUGCAAACAAACUGAAAUGCCCAUACUGUCCUGUGGAACAAAAUCCAGAAGAUGCUAGACUUAUAUAUUUCUAGAUUACUGUGAUAUUAUAAAUAUAGAGACAAAUGUAUUGUUAAAUUAUAUAUAUAUAUAGUUUCGCAAUAUUUUUUUUUUUUCUGAUAUUUAGAUUCGAGGAAUAGGACAAGGUAUCACAUUGAGAGAAAAGUAGCGUAAUUCUGUAUUAUUUCAUUUUAAUUUAAUGGAAUUCGUGCUUUUUGUAAGACGAAUGAGACAAUUCAAUUUUCAUUUAUGGAGUAAAAAAAGAUGUAAGCGAAUGUAAUCUAACUCUUUACUAUUUAAUUAUUUCUCUUAUAAAAAGACUGAUAUUGAAGCAAUAGCGUAUAAUAAUAUUAACAUGA